UGUUUUUCUCCCUCCCACAGAUAACCAUGGGAUUCACAGCAGCGUCGACAAAUGAACUAAUUUGCACUGGUGAGGGUAGGUUCCUUUACCCUGGCUCGUGUGGGACAUACAUGGACUGUACUCCAAGUGGAGAUGGUGGCUAUACCCUUGUGAAGGAUAACUGCAGAGGCUACACAUUUGAUGCUGCUAGAAAAACCUGUAUUGCUAAGCCAUGUGAAUCCCGGCUUAAACGCAGUGUUACUACUAUUAAUCAUCAGUAUUCGCAUUUGUGUGAAGGACAGCCUGACAAAUUUAUCUGCGGCAGUUGCAGAACCCUGGUCAUGUGCGUGAAAGGGCAAGCCUUCAUUCGCCACUGUAUCCCGAAUAAUUUCUGCUCAACCAGAAAAAAAUUUGGAGGGGGAGUUUGCUACCCAGAAGAACCUGUAGAAUGCACUUGUACAAAAGCUAAUGAUUUCAUGGUAGACCACUAUGAUCCCCAGAGGUUCUUCUCUUGCGAGGAUAUUGGGUCCAUACCAGAAAGUUACAAAUGCCCAGAUGGAAUGGAAUUCGAUGAAAGUACAGCACAAUGCCGCAACAUAGGCGGUCUACCACCAUGCUCGGUCUCAGGGCAGUUUGCUAACCCCAGCAACUGUAGUGAAUACUACUCUUGCAUUGCCCUUAAAUAUGGAUGGCUUCAGAAAGCCUUCCAAUGUUCCAAAGGCCUGAUGUACAAUAAGAAGACUCAAAAAUGUGAAGAUCCAUGUAAGUACCAGUUCGUGUGUACGCAAGAAGGACGUUACCCAGACUAUCUUAACAAGUGUAAUUACUAUGAGUGCAUCAUGUUGGGAGGCAAUAUGAGACAAGAGCGUUAUCAAUGCCCUAAGGGUUACAAGUGGAGUGAAGUCUCCCCAGGUAUUGGAAAGUGUGUUGAAGACGAUGGUGAGACGGAUGAGUAUCCCUUCAGUCACUGCAAAUUGGAUACAUUGUGCUCUUUGUAAGUGAAAUGCGAUGGUUGCCAAUCGCUCCCCUCUAAGUAUUUGCUUGAGAGACCUGAGGUGAUACAUUGGCGUUUCCUGUCCUUGCCUGAAACAUUAGGUAAAUUGUAUUGAAUCAUACGAAUUGUUUGCAAUCUACUGAUUCCAAAAUUAGUAAAUUACAUACGGUUGCAGUGAUGUAUCGAAGUUUAUUUGCAGGAAACAAAUGUGAUGAAAUCAAGUGGCUGCAUGGAGGAAGCUCUCCAUCAAAGUGCAAACUACAAGGUCCCCGCCUUUUGUCAAAUCUUUUUAAGUUAACUUUUAAUAAAUUUUAACCUUAA